AUGUGUAGAUCUUAUUCAUCAUUAUCUAUCUAUCUACCAAUCUACGUUUCUCAGCCUGCCCAUAUCUAUCUAUCGCUGUCUCUCUCUCUCUCUCUCUCUCUCUCUCUUUUGUUCUUAUUUACGUAUUUUGACUCUCUCUUUCUCUCUCUCUCUCUCUCUAUCUAUCUAUCUAUCUAUCUAUCUAUCUCAGCCUGCCCAUAUCUAUCUAUCUAUCGCUCUCUCUCUCUCUCUCUCUCUCUCUCUCUAUAUAUAUAUAUAUAUAUAUAUAUAUAUAUAUAUACAAGUAUAGGAUUGGUUCUCUUCAUUAUCUAUCUAUCUAUCUAUCUAUCUAUCUAUCUAUCUAUCUAUUACAGUCUGUUCAUCUCAGGCUGUCGAUAUCUAAGUAGAGCUCUCUCUUUGUCUCUCUCUAUCUAUCUCUCUCUAUAUAUACAUAUCAGUCUUUUCAUCUAUCUAUCUAUCUAUCUAUCUAUCUAUCUAUCUAUCUAUCUAUCUAUCUAUCUAAUCUGUCCAAAACUAUCUAGCCCUCUAUCUCAGUCGGUUCAUAUCUAUGUGAGUUUGUUCUUUUCUAUCUAUCUAUCUAUCUAUCUAUCUAUCUAUCUAUCUAUCUAUCUAUAUAUAUAUAUAUAUAUAUAUAUAUAUAUAUAA